AUGUUCACCGAGCAUGCUCCUGAGAAGCCAACAUCCGCCGACGUUAUUGAAGAGAAGAUCAAGGGAGUUGAUGAACAUGUGGGGUCCCUAACGAGGGACGCAAGAAAAGCUCAGUGGGAGAUCGACUCCCUGUCCCUUGCAAGGGACCUAGCUCAAAUAGGCAAGCUCCUCGACUUGACGGUCCAGAAUGAACACAGCAAACGGACGGAGCGGAUCCUGCACCUGAGGAACCAGAAUACCAUAGGAGCCAGUCUAGUGGCUGACUGGAUGUCUACAAACCUGGCUGUGCAUUCAGGGCCUAUGAAGGACCAAGUCAACCUCGUUGAUCGGUUCAUGGUGCGCAGCCCUGGAAGUCCAGCAAUCAUUUGGGUCGAUCUCAUGAAAGCUGGGCGCCUCACAGGCGGUGAUGUGUCGGACUACGUGGACCUGAUUGGAGUGGCUUUGCAAAAAGCUGGCAAGAUGGGCUGCGCCAUCGUGGUGUCUCCCUUUUUGUCUUCUGAGAAGAUCCCAAACAGGGGGUCACAGGGGAGGCUGGAAGCCAAGUUUGAUGCGAAAUCAAUCUGGUCAGAGGCAAUCACAGUUCGGUGCUCGCAACCACCAUCACAGCGCAAAGUACCAAUUCAAUUUGACGGUUGGGUCCUUCUCGCUGAAAGCAGCCGGGACGAGAACAUAUUCAGGAGCUGCCAAUUGAUUCAAGACAGGUCCAACAGACACGAGGUCGCCUGGCAGGCGGAAGCAAAUUACAUAGUUCCAGUUGCCAGCAAGGAUACGGUACCACAUGCAUCGGAAGGAAUGAGGUCGUUAAGCGAUGUGCAAGAGACUGCGCAAUUCUUGGCUGGCGAAGAUCUCCCUCGCAUUCUGUUGAAAAGCGUGCUGCAGAAGAGUGAACUCCCCGACACAUGUCAGUCUGUGAGUAUGAUCAAUUUGACUGGCUACGAUGGAUGGCUUGAGAAGGUGUGCAGGCGGUGGCGGGAGCGGGAGACCCCCCAACUUUCCAUGAAAGUCUUGACCCUUGCAAAGAAUCUGGCCACGGCAGAGUUUGUGGAGAAAUCCCUAGCCCUGGAACUGAUGGAGGACAUGAUGGUUUCAAAUCCAGGGUCAAAUCCAGUUUUCGUAACAAAUGAAUGGGUCUCCAGGUUCAGUAAAAGUACCAUUCAUUCCCAUUCAAUUGUUUUGUCAUGCCUUGUCCGUAGCUAG